UCAUAAUGAUUACAUUAUAGACUAUUUUGUGUACAUUAGAAACUAGUUUAUUGGAAGUUAAAUGACCAUGUUCUGGCUUUUAUUUGGUGUAACCUUAGUGUUAUCUAAUUCUGUUGCAGAUGAACGCAUCGAUGGUUGUCCAGAUGUUCAAGUUGUUCAAAAUUUUGAUUUAUAUAAGUAUUUAGGAAAAUGGUAUGAACAUGCAAAAUAUCCAAAUUCUUUUGAAAAAGAGGGAAAAUGUAUUUCAGCAGAAUACUCUAAAAAUGACGAUGGCAAAGUACGUGUUGUAAACUCCAUGAUAAAUAACAGAACUAAUGAAGCUAGAUCCACUGAAGGAUCUGCCAGACUUAAUUCUGAAAAUUUGGGAGAAGGUAAACUGCUGGUAUACUUUAAGGUCGCAGCUGCUGAAGCACCUUACUGGAUCUUAGAUACAGAUUACGCAAAUUAUGCUGUAGUUUGGAAUUGCUGGAAGUCUCCAAAACAGGAAGUUAGAAAAACUGCUUGGAUUCUUACAAGAAGUCAAAAUCCUUCAGAUAACAUCAUUAAUGCGGCUAUAGCUGUUAUGAAGAAGCAAAAUCUUGAUACUGAUACCUUAAUCAGAACAGAUCAGAAACAUUGUGAUUAGUAUAAUGAAUGAAAUGUAUACUAUUUAAAUAAAUG